UGGUUUUAUGACAAGUGUUUCUGAAUUGAUUUUUUUUCAGCUAGGUCAAAUCAAAUCUGACGUGCUUGCGUCACCGUUACGUCACCCAGGCGAUGCGGAAGUGGAAGUCGCUGUGGAGAAGGUAAACUAACGUUCAGCAGCUGACAAAAAAUGUUAAAUAAAUUAAAAAUGAAAUAAAACCAAGUAAAGGCUCAGCAGAAACGAACCGAAAGCAACUGAAAGCAGCACCGCGGUCACUGCUGCUUUGUGUAAUGAGAUUACUUUGCUGGGCGCUACCGUUACUAUCCUCCAGCUACUCGUUACCGACAGCGUGCCCGUUAAUGGACCGGUCCGGUGGGUCCACGUCGGCGCUGCAGCUGUGUUUCAGGGGUCGCUAAAGGCUGCAGAACCCGACGCACCCGGUUGCUCCUGGAGGUAAGUAGAGCGGGCAAAACCCAAUAGAAACACAACCAGAUUAAGAUUCAUUUUACUUUUGAUGAGAGGAAAGUGAACCCAGACCGGCACCGGGAGGUUUUCCUUGUUUCAAAGUGUGACUCGAGUAAGUCGGCGCACACACGGGUCCGUUUAGCAGCCUCCUUCUCCGGUAACGUUCCUAAUGUCACAGCCUUCCGUGUUCUUCUGGUUACGGUCCACCCCGCUGAGCGCCGCCAACAGCUACACCGCUUCCUGGGAAAACACGAGAUUUCAGGCAAGACUUCCGCCAGCAUUCACGAGCCGUAAAAUAAAACACACUUCCAAAACACCGGGGGUUGUGUAGGAACAGAGAGGGGUGCCAAAUAUCCACUUCAGCACAGAAAGAAAGGGAAACGAUCAUUUCCUAAAGGAGAUCAGGCGUUCAGUUUGCUGCCGGGAAUAGCGGGCAUCUGCGCUGAAACGCGGCAGAAAACGAGCGUUGUAGGGAGAAGAGCCGAUGUUUAUCUCCAGGACGAACGUGUGUGAGAACACGGGGAUGUUUUUGGAUUUUAACGAUGGUUUUAUUCAAGGAAAAGCCAAAAGAAAGCUGCUCCAUCCAUGAGAUCCGGAUCUGGAGCAACAAGGUCGAGUUGGGGUCAGAAACCAGAAUAAAGUUACAUUCUAGCGAGUUCCAAACCGGAAGUAGUGACCGUUUUCAGUUAUUCACCGGCUUCUGUUAAGUGUAGAGCAGGGUCCUGGAGGACGGUAUACAGCAUGUUUUAGUGGUUUCUCUGCUCCAAUGCACCUGUGCAGCAGUUUAUCAGGCCCUGCAGAAGCCUGUCAAUCACCUGCUGACCAUAAACAGGUGUGCUGGAGCAGGGUUCAACUAAAACAUGCUGGACACUGGCCCUGGUGUAGAAAUUUAGAUGAGUGAGAAAGUGAAGGCUGUUAAAUGGACCAGAACCGAGCCAGAGGUUCUGAUCAGGCUCAUCUGUUGUGUGUUACUUCUUUAGUGUCUCUUUGUGGUUUUUGUUCCUGUUCUGAGUGAAUUUGUGAGAAGAAAACGUGUGUAAAGCAAAAAACGCUUAAAUCAACCAUCAUCAGCAUGAACAUUCAUGGGUUUGUCUGUCAGAACCAGAGACUAACGUAGACCUUCUCUAGCAGCCGGUUUGCCGAGUCACACUGGGACUACGACUCGUUAUGUUUGUGUCUGUUUUACUCGUUAUGAAGAAAAUCCGAAACGGUCCAAAGUUCUGGUUUUAACCCGAAACUGGACCUGAAGAGGAGUUUAGAGACAUUCAUGGACAAAGAGCUUCAGCCUGAUGAUCCUGAUGAAGAAGAGCGUCUGAAACUGGCCUGUCUGUGCUGCCAAUCACUGGCUGAUGGAGGUAGCACAGCACCUGAUUGGCUGGGAGGAGAAGUGGGGCGGAGCUAGCAGCUGAUCAAGACUGGAGGAGGAGGAGCUGAGUCGGUAAAUCCACAAUGAGCCGGCUCUGCUGCAGACAACAAGUGCUCAGAGAGGAAAAGGAGGAUAAAACAAGGUUACAGACACAGCAGGAAGGAAGAGGUGGUUACCACGGCAACGUGAGAGUCAGAGCUGCAGCACAAGGACAGAGGACACCCAGGUUUAAGAAGUCACAAAUCGAUUGAGGAUAGACCUGUUGCUCUUGUUUUGCCUCAGAUCAUCAUCACAAUUGUUUAAUGAGUAAGGUUGAGAACCAGGAAGUUGAGAUGGACUGUGAAAACUACUGAAACAGAAAGAAAGUCCUUUAAAGAACAGCCAUGUCUCAGCCAGGGAAAGUCCUCCACCUGUACAUGGAGGUGAGGGCUGUUUCUGAGGAUGAUGGGAAGUUGCCGAGUCAAGGAGAUAAUGGGACUAAUCAGUUGAUGCUACAGUGUUCAGAAGUCCUCACAAACACUCAGAGAAACUCAUUCCACUCCUGUCCUAACCACAGACCAAAUCUUUCCCCGGUGAUGACCUGUCAUUCAGGAAGCAGAAAACACAGCUUACCUCCCUCAAAUUUGUCCUCAAGGCAAUCAGUUAGCUUUCAACAUCAAACCCCUCAAACUUCAGGGUCUCCAUCCCAUUUCCAGCAGCAAGAUGUGUUGUACGAUGGCUUUGGUCAAUUACUUGAAGCCUUAGCUCCCAGUGCAUCCAAUUCCAGUCAUCAAGGCUCAGAUAGAUGCACUACUUCCCCUGAAAUGGAUGUCUACCAUGGAAAGGCUCCUAUAUCUCAAUCUUCCUCAUCCUGCCGUUGGCUGACGGUCCCCUCUCCAACCAACAGCAACUGCAGCUUUUAUGAGGACCCAGAGAUGGUUGACGAGAAGGGGAGGACAUCAGUGGUUUCCUUUGGGUACAUAGAGAAAGGCAGUGUCAGCAGCAUGGCUAGACAGCACAAUGACACUAGCAGAUUUGAGGGGCUACCUGCUCAUCUACAGAAAAGGAUGAGUGAUCCAGUGUCAUACAAUAAUGGUCCAACAAUUGAUGAAAAUUUCAAUCAUCACCCCCACCAAUCCAGAACAGAUACCCCUAGAGGCUCACCUUAUUUAUCAAGGGCCACCAUGGAUGCAGUUGCUAGAAAUGCCACCCACCGAGCCUUGGAGGAGUUUGGAUCUCCGGAACUUAGGCGAAGAUUUACAGGUCACAGUUCACAGAGCUGCAGUCCAACUUUACCUCACCACUCUCAAUCUUCUCACUGCCGGUCGUGGGGUGGAUCACCCGUCCCACCUUGCAGCACUCACACUCUGCCAUCUAAGACUGAACUCUUACAAGUGAACAGAAAUGUAUGGAAUAGUUCAAUUAAUGGAUUACCCAGAAGUCCUGCUUCUGAUCACCUAUGUGCCCAAGUUGGAGACUCACCCCACUCAGUUUUUUCAACAUCAGCACCUCUCCCCCAUAGCCCAACUCAAAACCAACAGAGGCACUGGGUGGCUGAAGACAACUCCAGCUUGUCAAACAAGCUCCACCCUGCAUUACCUGCGGGGAGACCCACCGACAUCCAGCACCAGAUUCCAACAAGAACUUUCUCUUCAAGGCCUGAGUAUCAAAUUGAGACUGGUCCUGUAAGUGUUAAUAGCAUUAACACCACAGACCAUUCAGGCUUCAGUUCUAAUGAGUACCUGAACACUCAGAGUCACUACCCAUCAUCACGUUGCAGUAGCAGAACUAGUGAUGCUGACAGCAUUAUCAGCAGAAGCAGAAGUAUCUCCCCAUCUGUAAUGUCUGAAUUAGACUGCAAGGUAUCUGCAGAGUCAAACAAGAUGUACAGCUGUUUACCACGCAGCCAUACUCCGUCUCCAAGUCCUUCUCAUGCAGAAUCUCUGAGGUCUGAGAGUCCAAAGAGCUUGGGCUCUUUUCCAAAGAAAUCUCUUCAUUGGGAAAGCUCCAUUGAUCCCUUGCAGGUAGAAAACCAGAACCACAGGACAAUUGAUAAACCAAUAACUCAGACCAGACCUGGACGCAUUUCUCCUCUAAUGUAUCAGAAAAGCCCCUCUGUGCCAGCAUCUCCUGCUGUAUCAGCUAGGCAUGUGCCUGCCUCUCCUUUCCCUGUCCUAGACCCCCAAAACAAAAGAAACUCUUCACCUUCUAACAACACACUGCACAGCUACCAGCCAUUACAGUACAGUGGAGACCAUAAAUUACCUGACUUAGAGCACAGGAAACACAAUCAUCUGUUUGACAGAUCACCAAGGUCCAGCCCUGAGGUUAAUAAAAAAUGCUCAUCCAGCCAAAAUUCUGAAGAUCUGCCUGUUGGCUGGACCUCCAAGCAGUGGGAGUGGAAAGAGGUUGGACCAGUCCAGGACAGAGGCCAAACGUGUGAAGGAACCUGCCGUCAGACAUCUGCCAGAGUUAACAUUCAAAGCAAAAGGGAUGCACGAAGCAAAGAAGUUCAAAAACAUUCAGCGCCAGAGUACCAGACUCUGGGUUUGGAAAAGUCCACAGAUAAGAGCGAGGUCCAGGAUCCUAGUGGGAGCUCUGGGUCUACCUCCCAGAGCUUCACUGGGGUAACAGGCAGUCUGGAUAUCAGUUUGCAGCUGGACAAAAAUGAAAGUCUGUCCUUGGAGACCUCAAGCCAGUCAAGCCAUGGUACCGCGGAUGGCAGUUCUGGGAUUCAGUUGGACAGCAGCUCAACAUCGACUCCAUCAUCGCGAUCACAAAAGAUAGCACAAGCAAAGUGGGACUUCCUGUUUGGCAGCCAGGUGGAGGACGUCCCUCGUAGUAAAGAAGCUCCAGCCGCACCUCCUCCAACAAGCUGCUUGCCAAGCCCCGCACUUUCCUCCUCUGUCCGCCUGCUGCCAGCCAGUCAGAGGAGGGGAUGGGACAGCAAAUGUAGGAGGUCAUCACAUCACGAAGUUCGACAGAUUGAGGUUGAGCUGGUUACACCAUUUACCCGAGGCCCUGCCCCCGAAACUGGCAUUAUCCGUCGAUCCAUCAAGUAUUCUGAAACGGACCUGGAUGCCGUGCCACUGCGCUGCUACCGUGAGACCGACCUGGACGAGGUAAUGCGAGCGGAGUCUGAGUCGGCAGAGGAGGUGGACUCGGCCUUUGGAAGCAAUCGCAGCGUUUUAGAAAACAGCAUCAGCCCUGAAGACUCUGUUCCCAAACUUCGGACAAGUGCAGGAAAGGAGGAGAAUGGAGAGGAGUUUAAUGAUGAGGAGGAAGGAGUGGCGAGUUGGGCUAGUGUCCGGAUGCAUGGAGAUAAACGAAGACAGCGAGCAGCCAAGGAGGAAGAGGAUGUUUUGAGUCUGUUGCUGAAGGGAACCUUGGAGGCAUCGUCAGACGUCCAUGGCGGUCUUAAGUCCCCGAUUUCCAUCGGUAGCCCCCGCCGGCCCUCAGACAACAACCUGGACACCUUUAGCCGACACUUUGAGACCAUCAUGGAGUCUCACCGGGCCAAAGGCACUUCCUACAGCAGCCUGGACAGCGUCGACCUGCUGACCUGUGGGUCAACAUCUGUGUUCACCUUUGACCUGCCUACUCUGACUCCAGAGAUCCAGAGUCAGAUCUGUGAGAGCGCCAAGCAGAUCAUCGAGCUGAGCUUUGCUCCACUGGCCUGCUCGGAUACAUCCUCUCGGUCUGAGACGUCCCGGUCUGAAAUCAGCCUCAGCACCUUGGGGACAGGGUUCCAAGAAGUUUCCAAGGAUGAGUCCGGUCCUCCGGUCCGGUCACGCUCAGUGAGAGAGACGUGGCGUCACUCCAUCUUGAAGGAGGGUUUCAGGAAGGCUAGUUCGGUUCCGUCUCUAGACGGCGUCUACACUAGGGAGUGUUCGGAGAACCGCCCGCCUGAGCUGCUGUACCCGCAGGCUGAUGUGGCGGAGCGUCUGGCACUUGGCAGCAUCCACGACGCGCUGACCAAUGGCAUGAAGCCAGACUUGCAGGCAGCCAAACGUCUCGCCAAACGUCUGUACAACCUGGAUGGGUUCAGGAAGUCUGACGUCGCUCGACACCUCGGCAAGAAUAACGAGUUCAGCCAGAUGGUGGCGCAAGAAUAUCUCUGCUACUUUAACUUCAGCGGCCUGACCAUCGACCAGGCACUCAGGAUGUUUUUGACUCAGUUUGCUCUGAUGGGAGAAACCCAGGAGAGAGAACGAGUCCUCGCUCAUUUCUCCAGGAGAUACAGACAGUGUAACCCUGAAGGCGUGUCCACCGAAGAUAGUGUCCACACUUUGACAUGUGCUGUCAUGUUGCUGAACACAGAUCUCCAUGGAAACAAUGUGGGGAAGAGAAUGUCUUGCAGUCAGUUCAUCUCCAACCUUGAAGGACUCAACGAUGGAAACGACUUUCCCAAAGAUCUGCUGAAGACUCUGUACAGCUCCAUCAAGAACGAGAAGCUGCAGUGGACCAUUGAUGAAGAGGAGUUGAGGAAGUCCAUGUCAGAGCUGGCCGAAGUCCGAACAGACUCCGCCUCCCACACCAUGAAGAGGCUUGGGAGCAGUGGCAACCCACUGGUGGGCAUGGCUCAGCAGGCCGACGGCGAGCUUUACAAAAGCGGCUUUUUGGUUCGCAAAGUCCACGCCGAUCCUGAUGGGAAGAGAACACCGAGAGGCAAAAGAGGCUGGAAGUCGUUCUACGCCAUGCUAAAGGGUCUGGUGCUCUACCUGCAGAAGGACGAGUACCGUUCGGAGCGAGAGCUGAAGGAGGAGGACGUGAGGAACGCCGUGUCCAUCCAUCACUCUCUGGCCAUGAGAGCAGCAGACUACAGCAAGAGACCCAACGUCUUCUACCUGCGAACGGCUGACUGGAGGGUCUUCCUGUUCCAAGCUCCGAACACCGAGCAGAUGCAGUCAUGGAUCACACGGAUCAACGUGGUGGCAGCCAUGUUUUCAGCCCCCCCAUUCCCUGCAGCGAUUGGUUCCCAGAAACGUUUCAGCCGUCCUCUGCUGCCAGGAUCCAAUACCAAACUGUCUCAGGAGGAGCAGCUCAAAUCUCAUGAGAACCGGUUCAGGGCGGUUUCCUCUGAGCUGGUGGAACUCACGGCUUCCACGCCCGACCGAAAGGUCAAGGGUCGUGAGCUGGAGGAGCAGAAGUUCAGGAAGGAGUACUUGGAGUUUGAGAAAACGCGCUAUGGUACGUACGCCAUGCUGCUGCGGGCUAAGAUGGCAAACGGAGAUGAGGAUCUUUCGGCCUUCGAGUCUCGGCUUUUUAGCGACAGCGGCCUGCAGAGGGCACACUCCAGCCCUUCGCUAGCUCAGGAUAAGGAGAAGGCCCGUGGGACCAAAACAUCCAAGAGCCUAAAGGUCACAUCCUCAUCGACCUCGGGAACAAAGAGCGGCAGCAGGAAGAACAGCGGUGGAAACAACCAGAGGGCAGAGCUUCAGAAGCAGAGCAGCAAGCAGGAGGAGGCGUAACGCUAAUUCUGAUUAGCUAAGAAACUUUUACGCCAGUGAGACAUUUGGAAUCAUCAGGAAAGGAGACGCUCUUCAGACGGACGACUCCUCCAGAAAGCGGUCUCAGCUACCAGCCUUCACAAUGAGAGCUUUAUUUCCUGUUAGUUCAGGUGCUGUGAAUGGAAGCACUUUAUUGUGAAAAGGUGGACAGGAAAUGGUCACCUGCAGUGGUCCGUACAUAUCAUAGGAUUUUUUAUUUUCAUCCACUCAGACUGACUUUCUGCACCGCCACCAUUCUGCUUCUACCUGCCUGUCCCCAUGGCGACCACAGGUGUGUGGGAGUGUUGCCAUAGUGACGGAGCUAAGAGACGAAAGGGAAGGCACUUUAUAUGUGGAGGUAUGAAAUCUCGGGACUAAACCACCGAUACCUCCACAUCCCCCCACCCCCCACCCCCAACCCUAACCCCGGAGUCCAGGGAAAUGUUAGCGAGUAAAUAACCAGACUCAACCUAAAUGUUGGAUAAAUAAUGUGUUAGGUUUUUGGUCCCAAGUGAGCUUCUGUAGUUACAUCUGUGUGUGUGGGUGUGGGUGUGUGUUCGUGUGUGUGGGUGGGUGGGUGUAUGUGUGUGUGGGUGUGGGUGUGUGUUCGUGUGCGCGUGUGUGUGUGUUUGUGUGCGCGUGUGUGGGUGUGUGUGUGUGUGUUCAUGUGUUCAUGUGUGUGUGUGUGUGUGUGUGUGUGUGUACAUGGAAACCAGCAGCUGCAACGAUCAGGGUCUGAUGCUGUGGUUUAAGAAGGUGCUGUUUCCUCCUCCAGCCACGUGGGGGCGCCAGAGUUGAACAUUCAGAAAUCUGUCCUCAGGUUUUCAUUUUUGUUUCUCAUGAAAUGUCAGAAAAUUGUGGAAACUAUCUGGCGAAAGCUCUGCUCUGGUGCUGAAGUAAGAGAACCCUGCAGGUCCAACCCAACUCACACCUAAACCCUCCUUCCAGCUGUGUUCCUGCUCCGACACACGGGAUGGAACCACCUGCUGAACCAGGUGUGUUAGGCCUUCAGUCGGCCCCAGGGCACAGCAGAGAGUUCUGAGCAUCUGCAGACAACAGCGGGUUCAGGUUAGGAUAACAUGUUCUGCUGGUUCUGAGGGAUUGUUUCUGACCCGGUCCCCCAGCACCAAGUACAGAGACCCAGACCCAAAGGUACCAACAGAACCGAGGGCCAAACUCAGAAGGAUGUGUUAUGAAGUCCAGCUGCAGCAGGCGGCUCUGACCCAUUAACUCCACCCGUCUUGCUCUACCUCAUGUUCAGGUCCGACUGUGGUUCUGCUCGUGUCUGCAGCUAAAGAGCUGUGACUGACCCGUUCCUCAUCUUCAUCAGAACCUGUAAUGUUUCACUGGCUUCGUGAGCUCACUGUUGGUUCUGGUCCUAACCCCUGUGAGGUUCGGAGUGGACCCCGUCGUUUUAACCUUCGACCUGACAGAGAAGCUCCGCCCCCUGAAACAGCAGCUCUGUGGCAGAACAUGAACUCUUCAGGUUCUGGGUCAGAACCUGUUCCAUUUAAUCAGACUGGAGUAAUUAAGAACUCUUGAGGUACGUUUCCAUGGAAACGACAUAUUAUCAGCUUUGUCCUCCAUCUCUUCAUCUGCUGUAAAUAAAGUUGGAUCUGCAGAAGAAGCCAUACAGCUGCACUUUGCUUUUAGACCUUAAUUUAUUCAGGACAAGCUCCUUCCUGUGAACAUUAGUUUUUUUGUUUGUUAGGCUUUGCUGCGGCCGGAAUGUCCGAUCCUUGCUAUACAUAUGUCACUUCCUGUGAGGUUUGCUGUACAUAUGUCACUUCCUGUGAGGUUUGCUGUAGUGACACAAUUGGUUUUUGUUCUGGAGGUUUAGAAGCAAAAAUAAAAUCAUCCCCAAAUUCA